CUUAAAAGUAUUUUGCUUCGAGAAGUAUAAACUUAGAAGUGGAGGAAGUCCUUUCAAGUUUUGGUGGCUUCCUCACAACUCCAACUGCAGCAAUUUUUCAAUUUACUAAUUCAGCUUCAGUAGAUCUCAAUCAAUUCAACAAUGUCUACAAACGAUCAGAGCUCCGAAUUACAGAACGGCGAUGCCAAGCCUCAACCAGAUUCCGAACUCCAUCGACCCGAAGACACCGCGAUCCACCCAACUGAUAACGAUGAGGGUGAUUCUUCGAAGCUUAAUCAACCGAUCCAAUCCAGUGAUAAUGAUAUUGCUCCAGGGGGAGUAGAUCCGAAACCCCAAGGAGGAGCAGAAGAAGAAUCCGAUAAAGAGCGGACGAUCGAAUCAAAGGACAAUGCGGAGCUACCGAAAGAAGAGGGGAGCCGAACUUUCACUAUGAGAGAAUUGUUGAAUGAAUUGAAGAAUGGCGAUGAAGUGUCUGAAGUGUCUGAAGUCGCCGCAACUCCUGCUGCUGCACCUCGUCAUAGUCAAGAAAGCACAAAACAACAUACAGAAAAGAAUAGUGCUGCCAUGGACUUGAUCAAUAGUAUCACAGGUUCUGAUGAGGAAGGUCGAUCAAGACAACGGAUUCUUACAUUUGCAGCAAAAAGGUAUGCAAGUGCAAUAGAAAGAAACCCAGAUGAUUAUGAUGCACUUUAUAAUUGGGCAUUAGUUCUUCAGGAAAGUGCAGAUAAUGUAAACUCAGAUGCAAGUUCACCAUCCAAAGAUGCUUUACUUGAAGAGGCUUGCAGAAAGUAUGAUGAAGCUACCCGUUUAAACCCUACACUUCACGAUGCUUAUUAUAACUGGGCUAUUGCCAUAUCUGAUCGGGCCAAAAUGCGUGGGCGUACAAAGGAAGCUGAAGAACUAUGGAAGCAGGCAACAAAUAAUUAUGAAAAAGCUGUUCAACUAAACUGGAACAGUCCCCAGGCUCUCAACAACUGGGGUCUUGCAUUACAGGAACUAAGUGCAAUUGUUCCCGCACGUGAGAAACAAACAAUAGUAAAAAGUGCAAUCAGCAAGUUUCGUGCAGCUAUACAGUUGCAAUUCGACUUCCAUAGGGCCAUUUACAACUUAGGCACUGUUCUGUAUGGAUUAGCAGAAGACACAUCAAGAACCGGAGGACAAGAUGUGUCCCCCAAUGAAUUAUACAGUCAAUCUGCUAUUUACAUUGCAGCUGCUCAUGCAUUGAAGCCAAAUUAUUCCGUUUACACUAGUGCCUUGAAGCUUGUCCGGUCCAUGCUGCCUCUACCUUAUUUAAAAGUCGGGUAUCUUACUGCACCACCACCGGGCAAUCCCAUCGCGCCACAUGGCGACUGGAAACGCACCCAAUUUGUUUUGAACCAUGAAGGCCUCCAACAGAUUCAAAAUGGAGAGAGAGCAACUGUUAAAGUGGAAAUUCCGGAUAUUGUGUCGGUAUCACCAUGUGCGGAUUUGACUUUGCCACCUGGCCCUUCCAUUUGCAUUGAUACAAUUCAUGGACAAAUUUUCUUGAUUGCGGACUCAUGGGAAUAUUUGGACACGUGGCUUGAUGCUAUUCGGCUAGUUUACACGAUUUUUGCAAGAGGUUUUUCUCACGACAUCUUAUGUGGGAUUGUCAUAUGGUGGUGGGAUAGGUUGAGGUGGUCCUGA